AUCUUUCGUCAUUUGGGAUUGAGAGAACUGUCACCAACCGUCCCAUGUAGUACAUUGAGGCCAUUAUUCUUUACCCAGUACCGUUCUUUUGUCACCUGAAACAAUAUGCGUUUACUCAAUGUAGACACACUGGAAUUCGAGUUCUUCACUGACAUUAGGCGAAUACCAGACUAUGUCAUAUUGUCACACACUUGGGGGUCCGAGGAGGUUAGCUACCAAGAAAUGUGCUGGCUUCAACGGCUUCGAAUACUAUCGCCAGAUGUCAAAGCAAAUCCCCUUUUUUCAACCUUGUUGAGCAUUAGUGCGGGUCCACAGAUGCCAGUCGCCGAAGAGGACAUCAAGAGACGCAAAGGCUAUAUCAAGAUUGUUGAUACUGCCACCUUGGCCCGCUCAAUGGGUGUCCAACACAUAUGGGUCGACACUUGCUGCAUCGAUAAAACGAGUAGCUCGGAGCUUCAGGAAGCUAUUAAUUCUAUGUAUGCAUGGUAUAAAAGGGCCUUCAAAUGUGUCGUUUUCCUCGAGGAUGUACACCUACACCCAUCGAUAACUUCGCGCAACAACACUGGAGACCCGGAUAUUCAAGAGACUAGAAAUUUCCUGGACGCUUCGAUCCUUAAAGCCAGAUGGUUCUACAGAGGAUGGACGCUACAGGAGUUAAUCGCUCCCAAGGAGGUCUUGUUCUACGAUGGAAACUGGCACUUCAUCGCGUCGAAGAAACACACUCUCUCCCAUCUAAGUAUCGCUACCAAAAUCCAUCAACAUGUACUGGCCACUGGUGACGUGAGCCAGUGUUGCGUCGCUCAAAUCAUGUCUUGGGCAGCUAGACGACAAACAACGAGGGAAGAAGACAUGGCGUAUUGUUUAUUGGGACUUUUCGGGAUUCAUAUGCCAAUGCUGUACGGCGAGGGAAGCGCAGCCUUCUUGAGGCUACAACUCGAAAUAUUAAAGACACACCCGGACGAUUCCAUUUUUGCAUGGUUCAACGAUUCUGCCGAUAAUUACACCUAUUCUGGUUUACUAGCACCUUCGCCUCGCGAAUUUGCACGGUCGUCACAACUAUGGAUGGGAUCACCUAUUGCAUGUGCAGAGAGCACAAGCCUUGGCAUCCAGUUAACAAAAAAACUGAAAUGCUCCUCGAAACAUCCUGGCUUGUAUGUCUUUCGUCUAAACACAACGGCGCAGGACGGACGUCCAAUACGAAUCAUGGUACGCUCACUGGAUUCGUCGGAGAUAGCAGAAGACGGUGUGCAUCAGUUCGCUAGGGUUGACCUAUCAGCCACAAUGAACAUCAGUUCUUUCACCACAAUGCAGCCAACUCAACAAAUAUAUGUACGACAGAAGCCCAUCAUAUCGAGUAUGUUUCGCACUUCAGAUAUGCAUGCGUUUCACCUGCGUCCAUAUAGACGAGUAAACGAGGAUGCCUUCACACGAAUUGUUCAAAUUCUGCCGAAAGAUCCGUGGCGGAGGUCUUCAUUGUAUUGCAUUCCUAUGGAGGGAGAUGCCACUAAUAGACUCAUUUAUGUCGUUGUUCUAAAGUGGUACUGUCCAAAACCGACGGGAAUACCGGACACGACAAAAGAUGCGUGCGAUUGCCCCUUUGUGUAUCUUGGACUUGGAUAUGAUAAGAAACGUAUGCGAUCAUGGUGUUACCUCAGAAAUGCUUGGAGCGAUGGACCUAAGUUCGCUUUGCUCAUGAAUGGCGAGAAUUCUACAGACUCGACAUUGCUCCUUGAAUCCCUGUUCCCCAAUCUAGGCCAAUACAACAACUCGGCGAAGCUCAUCAAAUCAAAUUGUCGGAAUUCCAGUGAGUUGACCUCUAUUAUCGUUGGGAUAAGCGCUGCUCUCGUUGAGAAUAGGAUAUCAUUGAUUGUAAGCAUUGAAGGGCUGUCUGUUUCACCUUGAGAUCUCGCGUCUUGAUCUAUGGAAGCCUGCGUGUGUAUUCAUCUCCUAAUGUAGACGAGGCAAAAUCAUGUAAUGAGGGCUUGUCGGCUCUUAUUAGAGGUCCAGACUAGAGACUAUUUGGCACUGAUAGAGAUAAAUUUUCGAGCUACAAUGGAUCGACU